CCCGCGGCCGCCCCGUGCCGGAGGGGCAACGGCCGCCGUGCGCGGGGUCGCGGCAGCGCCGUUUCGUUCGCUCGCCCCGCGGGCAAGGCGCGGCUCGGGGCGGCUCAGGUGCUGCGACAAUGGAGCUAAGCUGCACUGAAGUUCCUCUUUAUGGGCAGGUGACCAUAAGUGCAAAAUUUGACAAAGGCAUUUACCUCCCGGAAGACGCUGAGUUUUACUUUGUUUAUGAUGGAUCCAUGAAGAGGCACAUAAUGUUUGCUGAGCGUAUUGGUGACAAUGCUCUUCAGUCCCUUGUUCCAGGCCAUGGAUGCCAGGAAGCAGUUUCUGUCUCUGUGUUAAUGUAUGCAAGGGGAUCCUCACCUGUGGCCCUCGGCAGCUGUCCUGUCACUUACAGGGAGAACUUGUCUUGCAAGUUGUCUCGUUUUCUGGUCAGUCACACAGAAUAUGUCAGUGCCACAAGUCACAAGAUGCUACUGGAUAAAUUUGGGCUAACGGUAAAAGAUCUGCAGUCCCUGGAUACUGAUUUGACGAUGGCCAUUGCUCACGAAGAAUUGCCAUCAACGUGGAGCAUCCUCGGAAGCUGCUAUGAAGGAGAGCCUAUGCGCAAAGAAACUCUUCUCCAUCUUGCAAUGAAAUUGGGCUUGGUUAAACUUUCUGAGUUCUUAGUGGGCCAGCCUGGAGGGAUAUUGGCAUUAGCGCUGCCUAAUGAGGAUGGAGCAACACCAUUAGACUUGGCUGAGCAAAAUGGGCACUCCAAACUAGUUGAAGUCUUCUCAAAUUUCCAGGGCAGCCGCUUGCCUGACGUUGCCAGGGUGGAGAUCAGCGAGGGGGCCUGCAUGCGCUUUGUGCGCUCGUCAGCAGCUCUGACACUGACGCUGGACCACACGGCCAAGCACUUACUGGAGUCAGAUGUGAGGCUCUUCAGGAAGUAUUUCUGGAACAGGCCGCUGCUCCAUGAGAGUGUCAAUUCAAACCAACUCGAGCCAGUGGAAGAUCCAGAAAUGCGCUGCAGCACAACGAGCUCUCUAGAAGGUCCUGUGAGUUUGACAUCUGAUGACUUGUCCCAGGAUGAUGUGAAGCCUUUCCAUGGUGCUGUGGUUCCUUGUAAAGAAAUUGAAGAUAAUGUCCUGUUAGACGUAGCACAGAGACAUUCUACCCUUGAUGUUUUUAAGAAGCUGAAAACUCCACCUACUUUCUUUGCUGCAGCUAGACUUUCUACUAUGCUGAAUGGAAGUGAUGAAGUCUAUGCAAACUGCAUGCUAGUAGACCAAGCUGAAGAUUUAAAAAUGAACUACAUUCAUGGAGAUAGCAUUAGCAGUGAAAUGUGUCUGAAUCCCACCAGCUCAGCUGCAGUAGCAAAGAGCUCUUCAUCUCAUUCCCUUGAGGAGAAUGACCAGUGUAGAUGUGAUCCAAAUGAAGGAAAUCGGAUGUCAGUGAAAAAUGAAGGAAAUGCAGGCUUAAGACCUACUGUUUCACCUUCUGAUCUGCAUGAAGCAGAUUCUUACCUUCCAUUCAAGACAAAUGAGUUUAUUAAGGAGCAGAGCCAACUUCAUGCUGUUAUGAAAAAGAAAAGUUCAAGUCUUGAUGACCUUGAAGUAAACAGCAGAAGUGAAAGUGUUUCGGACAGAUCCAAUAUACCCUACCCUCUUCUUGAACAUCCGGAGGUGAAGGCUUGUAGCAGAGAUGGGUUAGACCCUUGUGAGACGAGCAUCAGCCGGACAGAAUCACUACGCUUAUCUAUCAGUCCACAGCCCAAGGAAUGCUCACCCUCUGGAAUUCGGUCACGCUCGUAUUCCUGUUCCUCCCCCAAAGAUUCAUUGGGAAGACCUCGCAUUCCUCAGGACUUCACAGUUGGUGAUUCAGGUGAAGAUGGUGUUCCCAUGAACAGUGGCCGGUCCCUCCUUCAGGCUCUCUCACUCUCUAAGUCAGUGUCCCUGCUCCACCCCUGUAAACGAGCGUACAGCUUGCCCGAGCACUCCCGAGAGAAAAGGAUUCAGGAGGAAGAAUGGGAUAAGUAUAUUGUACCUUCAAAAACAGAGUCUGAAAAAUACAAAGUGAGUCGAACUUUCAGCUUUCUGAUGAAUAGAAUGACUAGCACACGGAAUAAGUACAAGACAAAAAGUAAAGAUACCAAAGACAAAGAGAAGCUGAACAGACAUAAUUUUAUAAAUGGAACCUUCUCUGGAGUUAUGCCAUGUAUGGCCUGUGAAAAGGCCCUCCUAGGAAAAGAAUCAUUGCAGUGCUCUUAUUGCAGUGUGAUUGUGCAUAAGAACUGUAAGGACUGUGUCCCUGUGUGCACUAAGAAAUCCCAGGAGAGGUACCAUAGCAAAAACAAACCUCAAGUUGGCACAGGAAAUUUGUCAUUUGGAGACAUCUCACAGCCUGGGAUUUUGUCAGUGCAUCCUUCUUCCUCUGUACCUAUUGGACUAUCUGCUGGGAGGAGGGAAGCCUUGCAGCAGUCCCAUUCCUUGUCCAAAAGUGUCCCUGGUGCCAGUUUUGAAAGAAGAUCUAUGCCAUUUCCUGAGCAGGACUCCGAGGCUAGCACAUGGAGGACCAAGUCAAGAUCUGAAGAGAUGUUACAGGCAUUAGGGACAUAUUCUUCAAUGGAUUCUUUUGUGAUGGAAGUUGAGGUGGAUUCGUCUCAGUGGACUGACAUCAGUUCAGAUGCACAGGAAUUUGAGGCUGAAUCAUGGAGUCUCGUUGUGGAUCCAAUGUUCUGUAACAAGCAAGAAAAGGAUGUUGCAAAGAGGCAGGAUGUCAUUUUUGAGCUGAUGCAAACGGAAGUGCAUCACAUUCACACCCUCUACAUUAUGUCUGAAAUAUUCAGGAAGGGAAUGAAAGAAGAACUACAGCUGGACCAUAGCACAGUGGACAGAAUAUUCCCCUGCUUAGAUGAGCUAUUGGAGAUCCAUAGGCAGUUCUUUUGCAGGUUGAGGGAGAGACGGCAGGAAUCGUGUGAGGAGGGGAAUGAACGUAAUUUUGUAAUCAGCAGAAUCGGAGAUAUCCUUGUGCAACAGUUUUCAGAGGAAAAUGCAACUAAAAUGAAGAAAAUAUAUGGAGAAUUUUGCAGCCACCAGAAAGAAGCUGUUAAUCUCUUCAAAGAGUUGCAACAAAAUAAGAAGUUCCAGAAUUUCAUUAAACUGAGGAACAGCAAUUUGUUGGCACGCCGCCGAGGAAUCCCUGAGUGCAUUCUGCUUGUCACUCAGCGAAUCACCAAAUACCCUGUUCUAGUUGAAAGGAUAUUGCAGUACACAAAAGAAGGAUCAGAAGAACAUAAAGACCUAUGCAAAGCCCUUCGUUUAAUUAAGGACAUGAUUGCAGCAGUAGAUUUGAAAGUUAAUGAGUAUGAGAAAAAGCAAAAACUGAUGGAAAUUCUCAACCGAACUGAAAACAAAACAUAUACAAAACUGAAAAGUGGACACAUUUUUAGGAAGCAAGACUUGAUGGGGAAAGAGAGGAUACUUCUUCAUGAAGGUUUAGUAUACUGGAAAACAGCUACUGGUCGUUUCAAAGAUACCCUAGCUCUGCUUCUAACUGAUAUGCUGCUGUUCUUACAAGAAAAAGAUCAGAAGUACAUUUUUGCAGCUGUUGACCAGAAGCCUUCAGUCAUCUCUCUUCAGAAGCUCAUUGUAAGAGAAGUAGCCAAUGAAGAAAGGGGGAUGUUUUUGAUUAGUGCUUCAUCUGCAGGACCUGAGAUGUAUGAAGUUCAUACAAACUCCAAAGAGGAGCGUAACAGCUGGAUGAGGCAUAUUCAAGAUGCAGUGGAAAGUUGUCCAGAGGAACAAGAAGAAGGAAAAAUGGGUGAAUUUGAUGAGGACAGACGUAUCGCUGAGGCUAAAGCAUGCAAAAUUCAGAGAUGUCAAGAAUCACUGAGUAACCAGGACCAGCAAAUCUGCAGUUGUUUGGAAGACAAAUUGCGUAUCUAUGCAGAACUAGUAGAUAUGAGUGGAUUUGAAGAUGUUCAUGUAGAACCUCACCUCCUUGUCAAACCUGAUGAUGGAGAAACUCCACAGGCUGCUUCGUUGCUGGUAGCAGCACUCAGAGAAGUUGAAAGUCUCCACAUUGCUGUCACGUCAUCACAAGUGAAUGAAACGGACAGAUCAUCAGAGGAAAGUACAGAGGAAUUAAGUUCGAAGCACAGACUUAGUGCCAGUGAAAUCUUGGAAUCUUUCCCUAGUGAUGCAGAAAUGAAGGAAGCUGAAGAAUCACCUGAAGUUGAUCUCAGUGCUUGCCCUAUAGAAAAGGAAAUUUCUGAUGCCAGUGUAGACUACAAGGGAGGAAGUAUGAGUCUCCCAGGAUCUACAGGGACAGAGAUUGUACAAGCAAUCCAGAAUCUAACUCGUCUCUUGUACAGCAUACAGGCAGCAUUAGCUAUCCAGGACAGCCACAGAGAGCUCCAUAGGUUACUCCUGCAAGAGAAUGAGAAGACCAGUCGUAGCCAUAGUUCUCGGAUACCCCUCUUCCUGGAACCAGAAAAAUACCGUAAUUCAGAAAAACAAAGGGAUGAGAUGGCAAACAUCAGCAAACUCCAGCAGCAGUUCCAACAAGAGCAGCAGCGCUGGCUGCGUGAAUGCGAGCAGUGGCAGCAAGAGCAGGAGGUGAGGGCAGCCCUGUUGGAGCAGCGGGAGCGGGCCUGCAGCUGCCAGGAGGAGCUGCUGGAGAAGAGCCGCCAGGGCCUUGCACUGCAGUUGCAGGAGUUCCAACAGAGCCUGGAGAGGUUGCAGGAAGGACAGAAAGUGUUGGAGAAAAAAAGGGACAGUAUCAGAGUGCAGAAGAAACUCCUCUGGCACUGGAAGCAUGGUCUCCAGAGCAACCUGCUGCUGCCCACAGGGAGCCAUGAGAUAAUGGGACAUGAUCAGUUGGAUAGCUUACGUGGUGAAAAUGCAUUCUACUUAAAUGAAGCUGUAGUACACGUGUCUCUAAGUGGCCUCAACAGAUCAGAUUCUUCUCUUGUUUAUGAAGAUGUUGUGUAUGGGCUGGGCAUCUCAAACUUGGAUAUGGCAAGGACUUGUGAAAAUCAGGUGGACCUCAGGGCCGAUACUUCUUGUCAACCAGCAUUGACCAAUGAACUGUGGAAACCGACUGGCCCUUACCAGCAGAUGUCUUUCUCCUGCAAAAGCAACAAGGAUGCUUUUAAUAAUGAUUUAAAUGCGUCACAGAUCCAGGGUCCCCAGGCAGACAGUCCAAACCAUGGAUCCAUUCAGCCGCCACGAGUGGAAGCGCUGCUGCUGAACCACCAGCCUGAGAGCCUGCAGGAUGCAGAAAGUGGAGAUGGAGGGGAGGAAAACAUUGUUUACCUCUGAUGGCUCACUGUCUAAUUUCAAUAGCACUUUGGAAAUAUAAUUGUGUUUGGUUUUCUAAAUAUUUGUAGUUACUCUCUGUAUGACCAAGUGGCUUUAAGGAUAGUAUUUAAUACCCAAUGCAAGAUUUUCCCAAUGAUAAAUAUAACAAUUAAGUUAUUUUGGAGCCUUUUUUAUGAUCUUUAAUUUAUGAUGUGAUUUCAAAUGCUUUGCAAGAAGCAGUGGGUAGCAAGGGAGAUGUAGCAUUUUGGAAUUACAAAGAUGCCACCAAGGGCGAUGAAUGUGACUGUUCCAUUUCUCUGGAGUCUUCUAUUGGAAAGGGCAAACUGAGAGAGAUGAGCCUACUGUUUGGGAAUUCAGGGUAUGGAUCAGUAGCCUUCUAACUAUAGAGUUACUAUGUGAAAAGACAGCAACUAGUGAGUUAUAACUAUAAUCUCUUCUGAAAUGCGCUAUGUAUCCUUAAUUAUUGGGCUGUUUUUCUUAUCCCUUGGCUCUGCAACUGCUUAGAAGGGGAUGUUUUUUAUGGUAUCAGUGUAAUUGCUAGUAAGUGUUUGUUUAUGUCCCAGAGCUUAUCACCAUUUUGGUACUAUUGCCAAGCUCUGUGCAGAGAUGCUGUUAUGUCAGUUUGUUGUUGUGUUAUAACUUAUUUCAGUAUGUGCAUUAAAAUUUAGCGGAUGAAACUCCACUGUUCAAAGGAAGAAAUAGGGGAUAAAUAGAAUCAUAGAAUCGUGUAAUCAUAGAAUCAUAGAACUGUAGAAUCAUAGAAUCAUAGAAUGAUGUGGGUUGGAACUUACAAGCCACCUACUUCCAACCCUCUUGCCAUGGGCCGGGCGGUCUUGCACUAGAUCAGGUUGCCCAGGGCCCCGUCUAACCUGCUUCUAGAGGAAGGGCAUCCACAGCUUCUCUGGGCAAAAUAGUAGGCUUUCAGUUUAACUGAUCCCAUUGGAAACUGCUGCUUUCCCGUGUGGGAGCCAGCUAGCUUCUUGUGUUCAGGUUCAUGGGAUCAUCAGCAUUAGGUAGUAGGAAACGGGGCCUGUUUUAUACCUUCUUGUCUUUCAGAAAUGUCUGUAUAGUUUCACUGAAUUUAAUAAAUGCUCCAUGCCUUUCUGCAAAACUGUAACUCUGUUGCAGUGCUGGGUCUUCCAAAGAAAUUUGAAAACAGGAGGAAAAACUUAAAUCCCCUUGUCCACUUCCUGUGUUGGUGCAGUGCUGCCAAAACUGCAUUCCAGGCACCUCCGCUGGUAAAACCAGGAGCAGGCAUGUCCUGCAGCAACAUGGAAGGAGCACAGCUGUGCUGCUCUGGGUUAGCUCCUGGCUUUUGGCACAGGGGAGUGCAGGGUUGUUUGUAUAGAUUUGAAGGCUUUCUGCAAAGCUUUGCAUUGUGCAAGAUCUGCAAGGAGCACAAGCUUGGAUAGCAGAUGUUUGUCAGCAAGGGUUUCUUGUUCGUGGAGGCUUCUUUUCCAAGGCUGUUGUGCUGUUUGAGAACAUCAAAAGCAGUGCUUUCUGAGUCAUUUCUCCCUGUGCUGUCAGAAUAGUGGUUGGUUGAUGUCUUGGGCUAACAGUGGAGCAACCGACAUUUCCUGUGAAUAGAUCUUGGUUCCCAGAUGCUGUUAACUGGUGUGCCAGUCUCACUGUGGAAAGAUUGGGCCUGCAAGUGUAUUUUUCAGUUUCAGUUUCCAGUCUUCAAGGCUCCUACUCACCUGCACUGCUUUGGUAUCUAUGUAUGAGAAACAAAACAAAACAAAACAGCAAAGCACCAUUGUAGAAUUUCAGAAGGUGCUUUAUGUGCUUUCUGUUUCACAGCUAGACUAAAAUUAGAAGGUAAAUUCAGCCUCUUGUUAGAGAUCUUGCAGACCACAGCCUCGCUUCACUGAUCAUCAGUGGAGAUGGGGCUGCUGUCUGCACAGCUUUUUUAGCUUUUGCUAAAUUUCUGAACAGGCAUCUCAGUUCCUGGGAUACAGCAUGUCUUGGGAUAAGCACAUUGCCCCACUGGGAGUUUGGGAAAAAUUAAAAAGUUUCCUCCACAGUUGCUCAUUCUGCUUUUUAUUAUGCCUCUACUGCAACAUCUGGUGCUGGUUGCUGUCAAAUCCAAGCUGCUGGAUGGAUAGCUGCUGUCCCAAACCAGUGUGGGAAUUGCCUUGUAAGUGGCAAGGAAAGAGAGAGAAAGAGAGGAUUCUGCUUCUCUCAUCAGUUUUAACUGGGGGGCUGGGAGUUCAAAAGCCACUGACCAGGACUUCAGCUGUUGUGCAAAUUUCUCAAGUCCCCUAAUAUCAGACAGCAUCUUAUUUUGCUCACCUGUGUUUACAGUAAAACUUAAGGCACUUGGGGAAGGCAAAGGAAACAGGUGGCUUCUAGAUUUAGGUAUUUUAAUUGUAUAAGAUGUUUAAACUACAGAUCAGUAUGGUCUCGGCAGGUGUUCUUUAUAACAAGAUGUAUUAUGAACCCCUGAACUCUGUCCAUUAUUCAGGCAUUUGUUAAUACAUUGCAGAAUUUAAAUGAAGCCCCAGCGAGACUCGAUCAUUUUAGGGGGUUGCACUUUCAGUCACUGUCAGUCAUGUAUUAAUGAUUCCUACUCUUUUCUAAAUAGAAAUAUAUAUUCAGAAGUACUUUCUACGCCUCAGCUUCUUUAUUCUCCUUUGAAAUGGGUAUAUUCACAUGGCCUGUUGUAUUUUUUUCUAACUCUUACUGCAUAUUGUGCUUGCUUUUUUGAUAUGCUUGUCAAGACAUCUUGACUGUGAAAGCUCAAAAUUGAAUUUAGUCAUUUAUUUUUGUGUUGAAAUUAAAGAAACAAGUGCUUUACUGCAAA